CGUCUUCUUUCUCUAGACAUUUUUCGCGGUCUCACUGUCGUGUUAAUGAUAUUCGUGGAAUAUGCUGGCGGAAUUUAUCCUUCUGUUAAUCAUUCACCGUGGAAUGGUAUAACUCUGGCGGAUUUUGUCAUGCCGUUUUUCCUUUUCAUUGUUGGAAUAUCACUUGCACUCGCGUACAAAAACUUGUCCUGUAGACUGAUCGCGACUAGAAAAGCAAUCUAUCGUGGUAUUAAGCUUUUCAUCAUUGGCCUCUUUCUUCAAGGAGGCUAUUUUCAUGGUUUCGGAGAUUUAACUUAUGGUGUAGAUAUCGUGAACAUUAGAUGGAUGGGCAUAUUGCAGAGGAUUGCAAUAUCAUUUUUGGUAGCAUCAAUAUGUGAAAUUUGGCUUCAGGCUACUAAUUUUAGAGUCAAUUCAGGACGAUCUUUACUGAAGAAAUAUCGUCUUCAAUGUGCCAUGACUAUAAUGGUUACUGUUAUAUACCUUUCGUUGUUCUACGGUUUAUAUGUACCUGAUUGGGAGUAUCAGAUCUCUUCGUCGAAAACAGAGAUUUUCUCAGUGAAAUGUGGUGUACGGGGAGAUACUGGGCCAGCGUGUAAUGCUGUUGGAAUGAUCAAUCGAAAAAUACUGGGAAUUCGACAUUUGUAUACCAGGCCUAUUUAUGGACGAUUAAAAGAAUGUAGUGUCAAUUCCCCUAGCAACGGCCCCCUUCCUCCGAAUGCUCCAUCUUGGUGUCAAGCCCCAUUCGAUCCAGAAGGACUAUUGAGCUCAUUAAUGGCGAUUGUUACUUGCUUUAUUGGUCUACAUUACGGGCACGUUAUUGUCAAUUUCAAAGAUCAUAAACAUAGAAUUCAGCAAUGGUUGAUACCGUCCUCUAUUCUUGUAUUGUUGGGCGUAAUUUGUGAGUACUGCUUCGGGAUGCAUUUGAAUAAGGCUUUGUAUUCUUUCAGUUAUAUGUGUGUUACUGCUGGUGCUGCUGGAUUUCUGUUUACUGCAGUGUAUGUGAUGGUUGAUGUAUGGGGCUAUUCGAAAUACUGGACCAUAGUACUGAAAUGGAUGGGAAAGAACGCGUUGCUGAUUUAUGUUCUUGUAUCGUGCAACAUUCUGCCUGUAAUUUUGCAAGGAUUCUAUUGGAAGCGGCCUGAAAAUAACAUUCUUAGGUUGAUUGGUAUCGGACACUAG